GCUGGAGGCGGAAGAAAGAGUAAAACCCAAAAACAAACCCUAAACUUCGACCUUCCUGGUUCCUGCCUUCCUCUUCCUCAAUCCUCUUCAAUUCCAUAAUUCAAUUCCUCAAUCCUCUUCCUGCUCUUCUCCUUGCUGACGAGUGACGACGCCGGCUCCUUCCUCUUCACUUCGAGCUUCGUCUGACUCUAUUCGACUGUUCGUCAAUGGUUUGGCAUUCCGGGGACAUGAUGAAAGUGAUGAGUCAUAUAGUAGAGGUAACUUUCUUGAGCUUUUGAAGUGGUUGGGGGGAAGGUUGAGGAAAUAAGAAAAUAUACUUUCCAAAAUGCACCCAAAAAUUUUCAAUUAACAUCUCCCAAAAUUCAAAAAGACAUUAUCACUUGUUGUGCAAAAGAGACUACUAAGCGCAUAAUAGAAGAGGUUGGUGAUGGUUACUUUUCUAUUUUGGCCGAUGAAUCAAGUGAUGUGUCUCAAAAAGAACAACUAGCUCUUGUUUUGCGGUUUGUUAAUAGAGAAAAUGGAUCGGUAGUGGAACGCUUUUUAGGCAUUCUACAUGUGGGUGAUACUACUGCUUUGUCUCUUAAAAAUGCCAUUAUGUCCUUACUUAUGGAACAUUCAUUGAGUCCUUCCAUGAUAAGAGGUCAAGGGUAUGAUGGGGCAAGUAACAUGAGGGGUGAAAUCAAUGGCCUCUAGACUUUGAUUAUGAAUGAUACUCCAAGAGCCUAUUACAUUCAUUGUUUUGCUCAUCAACUUCAACUAACUCUAGUUGCGGUUGCUAAAAAGAAUGUUAAUUGUACUUGGCUUUUUGACGUACUUGCAAACUUGUUAAAUGUGGUGGGAGCUUCUUGUAAGAGAAGAGACCUUAUUCAAAAAAACCAAGCUCAAGUAGUGGCUCAAGCUUUGGAAGUGGGGGAAAUUGAAAGUGGAUCGGGUUUGAAUCAAGAACGUGGUUUGAGUAGGCCGGGAGAUACACGUUGGGGAUCUCAUUACAAGUGUCUAAUAAGUAUCAUCAACUUGUUUCCUUCAAUUGUUAAAGUGCUUGAGGAGAUUGGAGAAAAUGGCUCUCCGAAUGAUAAGCUCAAAGCUCAAGUUGUUUUAGGAUCUUUGGAGUCCUUUGAUUUUAUUUUUAUGGCUCAUUUCAUGUUGACUAUUUUUGGCUACACUAAUGAUUUAUGUGUUGCUUUACAAAGAAAGGAACAAGAUAUUGUGAAUGCCAUUAGCCUUGUUAAAAGUACAACGAAUGUGUUGCAAAAGAUGAGGGAUCAAGGAUGGGAUAGUCUCUUAGACAAAGUCAUUUUAUUUUGUACUAAACACGAGAUUGAUGUUCCAUCUAUGGAUGCUCAAUAUGUACCUCAAGGAAGAUCAAGACGUUUUGCUAAACAAGCAACAAAUCUACAUCAUUUUCGGGUUGCAAUCUUUUUGGAAGUAAUUGAUUUGCAUCUUCAAGAGAUUGAUAACCGUUUUAAUGAGAAGAACAUGGAGUUACUUACAUGCAUGGCUUCGUUGAGUCCUAGAGGUAACUUUUCAUCUUUUGAUAAAGAGAGGAUACUUAAACUUGCUUCUUUAUAUCCCGAAGAGUUUUCAUGCUAUGAUUUAACGGCUCUUGAUCUUCAACUUGAUGUCUUCUUGGAUUCUAUGCAAAAUGAUGAAAGAUUUCAUGAUUUGCAAGAUAUCAAUUCUCUUUCCAUGAUGCUGGUUAAAACAAGGAGACAUGAGACUUUUCCUCUUAUACAUUUGCUAAUCAAGUUGAUGUUGAUUCUUCCUGUUGCUACGACAAGUGUAGAAAGAGUGUUUUCCGCAAUGACGUUUGUCAAAAAUAAGUUGAGAAAUAGCAUGGGUGAUCAACUAGUGAAUGAUUGUUUGGUUACUUACAUUGAGAAGGAAGUGUUUCUACAAGUUUCUGAUGAAAAGAUUAUUGAUCGCUUUAAAAUUAUGAAAACUCGAAGGAUGAAUUUAUAA